UAGCUACAUAAGAUGAUAAAAUGCCAAUUUGCUGGCUUAUCAGUGAGGAGGGCAAUCAUAAACCUAUUCGACUGCCUCACCUACAGACAGUUGUCCUGGGUCGAGGUCCAGAAACGACAAUUAAAGACAAAAAAUGCUCUCGGCAGCAAGUUGAAUUGAAAGCAGAAUGCAACAAAGGAUAUGUCAAAGUUAAACAGCUGGGCUUGAACCCCACCUCCAUAGACUCUGUGGUGGUGGGUAAGGGCAAUGAGGUCAAAAUGAAGCCCAGACAGCAACUUCAUAUUGUCAAUCAGCUCUACCCAUACACUGUGCAGUUCAUGGAGGAUCCCCCCAGAGACCACGGCAGCACCAAAAGACUACUAGAGCCGACUUCUGAGGACAGAGAGAGCCACAGAGAGGCUCCGAGUAUGAAAGCAGCCGAACAGACAGAAAAGGUCUCUGUGUCAGUCAGCCAUGGAGAAGACACAAAAACCAGUGAAAGUUUUGGACAUUGGAGCCAAGGUCUGAAGGCCUCAAUGCAAGACCCAAAGAUGCAGGUGUACAAGGACGAUAAAGUAGUAGUAAUCAAAGAUAAAUACCCAAAAGCUCGCUACCACUGGCUGGUCCUCCCGUGGCAGUCCAUUUCCAGUCUGAAAGCCUUACGUGAGGAGCACUGUGACCUGGUGAAACACAUGCAGCAAGUUGCUGACCAGAUGGUUCAGCAGUGCCCAGAUGUUGGCUCGUUACGCUUCCGCACAGGGUACCAUGCCAUCCCCAGUAUGAGUCAUGUACACCUCCAUGUGAUCAGCCAAGACUUUGACUCUCCUUGCUUAAAACACAAAAAGCACUGGAACUCAUUCACAACUGACUAUUUCAUUGAGUCUCAUGAUGUCAUUCAGAUGCUUGAAACAAAUGGAAGGGUCACCGUCAAAGAAGGAACCAGUGAGAUGUUGAAACUACCUCUCCGUUGUCACAUGUGUCGCAAAGAGCUUCCCACUAUACCAGCUCUGAAGGAACACCUGAAGUCUCACUUUCCCAGCUAAGAAAGUGACCUCCAAGAGGACACAAUGCCUCAGAACCCAUUGGCUAUCGUCUGAACGACGAUUUAGCCUAUCAGGGGAAACAGCCAAUGUUUCGGGGCUUCCAGUGUAGCCAGCAGACACCCGGAUAACAGAUAUCCGGGCCAAGACUUCCUCCACAAAUUGAGACAUGACAAUGGUAAUCUCUAUAAACAGAUAUCUGCAUAUGAAUGCUAAAUCGUCGUCAGACAAUAGCCGAUGGGUUCCGAGAUUGCAUUUUGGCCAGUGCGUUCCACCUAUUUUGCUCUCCGCAUGGACUGUUUACCUGUAUGCAACCAAAGCCCGCUCAAAAGUGAUUGGUCAAUACUACUCGGACAGAAGAAAUCAGAACGCUUCCCAUACCAAAAUCUUGUCCCUUGCCUACAUAUUCUGCAUUCAUAUGUAGAUAUCUGUUUAUAGAGAUUAAGGUUCAACAUAGGACUGUAGUGUGUUGGGCAUUAUUGUUGCCUGUUAAUUCUGAUUUAUGGUUCUAUAAAACUUGUUUCAGUAAAAAAUGUAAUUGUGUGGCUGGAACACAAUGUCCAUCUAUAGCUUUAGUUGCAUUUACCACUUGUCAUUUGUCAGUAGGUUUAAGAAGAGGGUCACUGUGAAGAUGCAUGUCACUUAUGUUGGAUUUCAAGACUGGGAAAUCGUAAUAUUACAUCUAUUGUUCCCACAUUUUCAAACAUGUUUAAAUAUGUUGUAAUAAAUAUUUAAUAAGAACUGAA